CGCCUCACGUCUACACAAUGAAACUGGUGCUGGGCAUAUUGGCCUUAGUCGUAUUUGUUAUUAUCGUCGUUUUGACGACGACAUCAAAAGCCAUAAAAUCAAAUUCUAUCGAAGUGAAUUUACCCGGCCAAGGUGCAGUGCUCGGCAGCCAUGACGAAACAUUGUGGACAAAGCAGAAGUUUCUGUCAUUCCGCGGCAUACCAUAUGCGGAGUCCCCGAGUGGAAAGCUACGCUUCCAGCCACCAACAAAACGCACGGCUUGGCAAAAAACUUUCGAUGCCCGUAACUUUGGCAAACGCUGCCCGGUCAUAACAACUGUUUCAAAACUUAAUACUACAAAACUGAAGGAGGACCUGGAAGAUUGCUUAAACCUAAGCGUGUACACCAAAAGCUUAGAGGCCAAGCUACCUGUGAUGUUCUAUAUUUACGGCGGUGGCUUUUACAAUGGCUCCGCCUCCGAUCACCCACCACACCACUUGCUGGAAAAGGACAUUGUAUUAGUGGUACCACAGUAUCGCAUUGGCGCACUCGGUUGGCUGACCACGCUCACCCAACAAAUGCCCGGCAAUGCACCAGUAAUGGAUCUCUUGUUUGCCUUGAGCUGGGUGCAAGAGUAUAUUCAUGUGUUUGGCGGCGAUCCCGCACAGGUGAUGAUAGUUGGACAAAGUGCAGGUGCGGUUAUGUCUGGCGCCUUGUUGCUGAGUCCCAAAACACCUGAGGGGCAUUUUAAAAGAUCAAUCGUGCAAUCAGGUUCUAUUCUAGCACCUUGGGCUAUCAAUCCAACACCAUUGGAACAGGCAAAACGCAUCUGCGAAGCACUCAAAUGCAGUCUAUGUAACAAUCUGCUGAAGCAACAUACAUGUUUGAGGAAAGCAAAUGUAUUGGACUUAUUGCGAGUCACAACGGAGGAAAGCUUUAGCCCAGUGAUCAACGAUGUACUUGGUGUGCUUCCAGCGGAACCGAAAACGCUGCUAGACAAUCUCAAUCGCACCGUGCCGCUAAUGGCUGGCUUCACCAAGCAUGAUGGCUCAUUUGUGCUGGCAACACUCUACGACAGUCUUGUGGCGCUAUAUGGCAGUAUUUCUAAAUUAACUGUGCGCCAAUUCGCAAAUACGCUGAUCGAUUUAGGCAAAGACAGCACUGGUCUGUCUAACAAUUUGCUCCUACACACGCUCUUUGAGCGGGAAUUGCUGGAUACGAACAAUCACACCGCCGCGUGGCCGGCAUACUUUGACAUUGCCAAUAAUAUAGCUAUAAAAUCUCCGGUGAUAGCCUAUGUGAACGGCUUGCAGCGAAUAAGUGCGACCCCUUUUUACGCGUAUACCUUUGAUUACGCAGGCGAGCACACGCGCUUCGGCUAUGAGUUCGGCAAUUCGCAGUAUCCCUUUGAGGGCGGCAUACAUCAUUCGAAUGAUAAUAUCUAUUUGUUCGCCACACACCGCUUGAAUGCGAAUGAUACACAAAUUGCAAAGAAAAUGGUGGAUUUGUGGUACUCCUUCGCGGUGUAUGGUGUACCGAGGGCUGAAGAUCAGCCAGUGCUGAACAUUAAACCAAUGGAAACUGAAUCGGGUCCUUACUUUCACAUAAAUAAAGAAAUUAACUUAGGCUAUGACAUUUUAUCGGAACUUACAGUUACUGUUAAUGAUCCCGACAGUCACAAAUUAAUUAGAAUGCCUCGUGACUAGCUAAAAUAAA